AUCACUACCAUCAUCACAACUGUUGUGACUACCAUCACCACUACAAUCAUCACAGCUAUUGUCACUACCAUUCACCACCAUUAUCACCAACACUAUCACUCCUGACUCUACUGAUCAUUGAUCAAGCAGAUCCAUCCAUUCCGUUUUUAUGUAGAUGAUGAGCCAGAUGAAGAAGGCAGUCCUCAACACUAUGUUCUCAUUCAUGGUUUCCUCUCUGCACCCACCCUACAACAUCUUGCAAACAUUGGUGUUCAUGUGAAUGCCAUUAUCAAACUACAACAAGAUGAAUACAGAACUGAACCUCCAGCACAUCUCACAGAAGAAAUUCAUGAGGAUGUCGAAGCUGAGCCUGAGGUAUUGACAUACAGUCAGGAGAUUGAACAUGCUGUACUUAGUUUACUAUCUCCUGUGGUAAAACUGGAAAAAUAGACCCAUUGCACUGACGUCACAAAUCCUUAGAUUGUCCUCCAGAUGCUCCCUAACAAUAUCUGUUCGGGUACAAAAACCACAUACAGCGCAAAAAUGAACCAUUUUAAUACAAAAUUAUUAUAAAGUUUUACAAAAUUUGCUUUGUUUACAAAAAAUUAUAUUAUGCAUAGAAUGCUAAUUUGUCCUCCAGAUGCAUCGUCACUGGCGCUGUGACGUCAUGUGCAAUGGGUCUAUAAGGAGUUGCAUUCAUUUAUGGGAUCUCUAGGAAGAAGUUCAGGGGACUGUUAAAAUGACGUAUAUUUCCGUGCGUUCGUAUGGAGUUUUUCAUCCCGCUUUCUAUACAUAAUUAGCUCUUGCCAAACUCGGUGUUUUUCUUCAUGAGAAGCUAGUUUCAUACUGACACUGUGAACAGAGAACAACGAAAAAUUGUUACAUAGCUUUGACAGUUAUAUUUAAACUCUGGUGUAUAUUUCUCUAGACUGGAGAGGUAGACGAAGGAGUGAAGGAUGAUGAAGUGAUUGAUGAAUCUUCAAAAGAUGAGGAAGAACUUGUCACGUUUUGGAGAGAGUCUGACGAGCUUGUACUCAGUGCUCCUACAGGACAUAAACUGAAAGAUAUCGCCAAGUAUGAAGUGACUGUAUCUAAUACUUUGCCUCCUCAUCAAAGUCUGGCUGAUGUUGAAGCUGAAAAGAAGGUACAUUAAAUUGCAUGUUACGCCAUAUCCCAUUGUGCGAAACGAUGUUUCUGAUGUUAAAAUUGUAAAUAAUGGACCUAUUACCUAAUAACUAAAAUUUCAAGUCUAGACAAAAAUUUCAUCACAGCUUGAAAGAGCAUCACAAAAUCAGUAAUAUUCCGAAGUUUCGUUGCGAAAUGUUGUAAAAUGCGGAUAAUAUAGCCCUGCGAAAUUUGCCGUUUUUCAGUCAUUUUGUAUUUUUCUGAAAAAAGGUAUCAAUUUCCCGCGCGUAAUACAAAAUGACUGAAAAACGGCAAACUUCGCAGGGCUAUAUUAUCCGCGUUUUACAACAUUAAUCGCAACGAAACUUUGGAAUAUUACUAAUUUUGUGAUGAUCUUUCAAGCUGUGAUGAAAUUUUUGUCUAGACUUGUCUAGAUCAAAAUUUUGGUUAUUAGGUAAUAGGUCCAUUUGAUUGGGUGUAUAUUAAUUAAUUCCAGGCGAGAGCUCAUAAGGCAAAAGAAUAUAGUCAAUUCGUGUAUAAAUCCCAAUUAAUAUCCCGCACGUGAUUUGUAGAUUUCUGGAUUUUGCGACUUCCUGGUUGCUAAGUCUGCGAUUUUCUUCCUUGCUCAAUUUCCUGUCAAAAUAAAUUUCAUUUUAAUUUGUUUUCAGACUGAACUUGGUACGGCGAUAUUUGAGAAGAUUGCGAACGUGUGUUAUGAUAUGUUAGAUCAUCAGAAAUCUUAUCAACGUUUCCUUGCUGCGAUGAAAUUACUUCGUAUUCCAGUUCAUACACCAAGUAUUAAGACAGAUAGCCAAACUGCUGGUCAGUCUGCAGCAGUUGCUACAGGUAUGUACUGUAUGGCUGCGUUCAGACUGGGUGCCUGGCACUGGUGCCCGUCACUUGUUUUGGCGCCUAGUUUGAACACGAGUACUAUACCUCCAGAAGUAAUGCCAUAAAAAUAUUUUGGGAACCAGUUUGAACAUUGGGUACCAUGCAGUGCCGGGCACAGCCUAUAUGUUAUCAUAAACUGCUUCGUUUGUUUCAUAAACUGCUUUCCCCCCUGGCUCUUCGAUCAUGUUUUGCAUUAAUUGAAUAAAUGACUCCCAGAUAUAAUUUCCUCUUUUCCUUCAGUUGUUUUUUUUUGCCAGCCUGGCAGCAAUGCAGUAUCUGAACAUUUUAUGUCUUGCGUUCAAUCGUGUACCGUUGCUUAUAUUGUUCAAAUUUCCAACGUCUUCUUUCCACCUCUUCCCCUAGUUUCUUAAAUCUUAAGCUCUUCGUUUUGUCAUCUUUCUAACUUCAAUCAUCACACUUCUUGCAUCAUACAGAUACCUCAAACCAAGUCGAGAUAGACAUGCGUUAUUACAAUCAUCUUGUACACAGUAUUCCUGACGAGAGCAUCAGUGUACCUCUUGUACUUCACUGCCUUGUGGAACAGGUAAUAUCAUUAUAAGUUCUUUGUAGAAUUGCAUGGCGAUAAAACAUUUUUGUUUAUGGAAACACCACGUAAAUUUAUUACUGCAAAGAUUUCGAUCCCUAAGCUCGCAUCUUACGUAAGAUCCGGUUUUUCUUGGUAAUAUCAUGUAGAAACUUGUGGUGGAUCAGUGGUGGUACAUUUGUGUCCAAGGUUCAAAAUUAUGUAAUAUUUAGUUUGACUAUACCAGAUACGGGUUCUCCUGUUUUCUAUUGUAGUAACGCCUGGAUAAGGGAUGUCCUUUACUGAACGUUUUUGAAGAAAGGUUUAGAACUGAUGUAGGUCUAUCCAGUGUAAAGUUAGGUUAGUUUAAGUUUCCUCCUGCAGUAACACUAGAUCUAUAAAGAAUGACCCUUACUGAACCUUUAGGGAGAACAGUUUAGAAGUGAUAGAGCUAUCCAGAUUUAAUUUAAGUUUCCUCCUUAACAACAAGUUUAGUUUUAGGCCAAGUAUGCAUUUCCCUUAUGCACUUCCCUAAAGAAGUAUUCGAUUAAUCAAGAAUUCUUCUCUAUCAUACACCCAGGUAGUUGCUACAGUGGAUGAGACUAAUCCUCUGGCUAAACAGACAGAAACAAGGGAGGAUGGUUUAGAUAAUGAUCUUGCUGCUCAUAUUAAUUCAAAAAUGGCAGAUCUGGCUUUAUCAUCUGUAGAAAAACAGGUAAAGUAGGCUGUGCCGACUUGUUUGUUCUAAUUCAAGAAGUUUCUAUCAAGUUGUGCCCGCAUUGUUUUUUACCCCCAGACUGUUGACUGUUUACCUGCUAUUUCCAGAGUUUUGCCUCAACAGACUUUUUACAACGAUUUAUUCCUGACAUGUUGAAAGAAAAAUUUAAGCAGCUUUUUACAGGUUGCUGCAAGUUAGACUCUGUUGCCAGCCGUGAUUAGGGAAACGUGAUCUACCUGAACUCGAAACACCUCAGCUGAUAAUUGAACAGGCUGGCAUAUGCAUAUUGUGAGGAUAUCUUAUUUUCAUGAUUAUAUGUUCAUUAUAACUUCUAUACUGUGUUUUAGGAAAUACUUGAAACGGACAACGUGAACAAACGACGUGAAGACGCGAAAGUCCCCGUGAUACUGGAGCACAACGACAAGCUUUCUCAACGUUUGCAUUACUUGGAGGAUCUCUCCAUUCUUGAUGGCCUUGAUACAGAACGUACCAUGUUAGAUACAGCAGCACCACGAGCUCUUGAUAUAUUUCCAAGAAGAACGGUUACUGAAUUCAUGGAAAGCAGUGCGAGAUUUCAUCAAUUUAUACAACAUUGUUCAUUUCCAAGUGCCGAGAAUGUUUCCUACCUUUUAAAGAAAUACACGUUUGAAGGUAGGUUUCGAUAGGUCACAUUGCUAUUAUUACACAAAUAUGUGUUAAAUAAAUUUUUAAGUAAGUAAGUAAGCAGGGAUUGGAUUUACUGUGGGGGGGGGUGCGCACCCCCCUCAGUCCUGGCCAGGGGGGGUGCUAUUUUUCAUGAUAAAGCAAAAAAGACAAAAUGAGAUACAGUAAUUUGAGUAAAAACAUGAUGAUAAGUGAACUGUGAACAACAAUUACAAUUCAAAUACAGUAGUUGAUAGGCAGGCGGCACACAUGACCGACACAACUCGGCAGUCAGCACCAGAGCACCCCCCUACCAGAUCAUGCUGGAUCCAUCCCUGUAAGUAAGUAAACUGGAUCGAAGUGGUCUUCUCACAUGCUGUUGAGGCAAAAUGACAAUCAGACCAACUACACAUUGCAGGAAUUGAACCCAGAUCAUACAGUGAGAAACCACUGCAUUCACUAACUAUACGUCUGUAGGCUACUUCCAGCAUUUCACCAACUGAAAACCUCAUCCAAUGUUUUCUUUAGGUAUACCUCUGAAAUCGGUCGAAGCUACUGGAAAUAUUGUCGAACCGCAACAGUUGGAUAAAAAAUUCUCUUCCUACAACAAUCCUUGGGAUGAUCCAUAUUCUGACUUCUCCAAGUAUUUCAACGCACGUGAUCAAGGCAUGAUCAAUGAUGACGUAAAAGAUCUAGGCAGCGUGUCUGCGGCAGUUCGUCUUGUGUCGUUUAGGAACCUUGAUGAUUGGUGUUAUGUUGAAGAAUUUGAUCGAACUACAUUCACUCAGGUAGAUCAUCUAGGAAAAACAGUUUAGAACUCCGGUUUCCAAAUGGUCUUAAAGAUAAAGACACGAUCUUUCUCAACGGCCAGAUUAUAAUAGUUCCUACCUGUAAUUAAACCACGUAUAAAUCAUUAUCAUUCUCUUUUUAUAAUCACUCUGUUUAUUUUCAGUUCUAAACUGUUGUCAUAUGAUUUCGGCGGUUGAGAAAGAUCGUGACUCAAUCUUAUCACAACCAUAUGGAAACCAGGCUUUUAAAUCUAACACUUGCUUAGAUUUAUAUUAAGUUUCCCACUUGCAAAAGGUUAAUUAGAAAUUUUCUUGUAUUAGGUUCUCGACGAUGCCCGUCAUUCCCACCCAUUCGUCGACACGUACUACCACAAACACGAUGAUACAUUGUUACUGGUCUAUCACAACCCGGUGGGUAAACAACUCCAGAAUACAUCAAGAUGGAAUGUAAGACUUCUCUCUGAUGUUGGCUUCAGGAACUACCUGGAACAUAUCAGUUGUAUGAUCCAUGACUGGAAUCUUCAACAAGAGAGAAUUGAAGAGGAGAAUAACAAAACUCCGACACCUGUUCCUCCUACACCAGAACCACCGCAAACUGAAAUCAAGGUGAGUGUACUUCUUACCAUUGAUAACUGUUUCGAACUGAUAAAGCUAUCCAGUAUAAAUAAAGUUAGUUUAGUUUAGGUUUCCUCCUAGAGUAACACUGCACCAAUAAGGGAUGAUCCUUAGUGGACCUCUGAGGAGAACUGUUUAGAACUGAUAGAACUAUCCAGUAUAAAUAAAGUUAGUUUAGUUUAGGUUUCCUCCUCUAGUAACACUGGAUCAAUAAGGGAUGAUCCUUAGUGGACCUUUGAGGAGAACUGUUUAGAUCUGAUAGAGCUAUCCAGUAUAAAUAAAGUUAGUUUAGUUUAGGUUUCCUCCUGUAGUAACACUGGACCAAUAAGGGAUGAUCCUUUCUGGCCCUCUGAGGAGAACUGUUUAGAACUGAUAGAGCUAUCCAGUAGAAAUAAAGUUAGUUUAGUUUAGGUUUCUUCCUGUAGUAACACUGGAUCAAUAAGGGUGAUCCUUACUUGGACCUCUAGGAAGAACAGUUUAGAACUGAUAGGGCUGUCCAGUAUAAAUAAAGUCAGUUUUGUUUAGGUUUCCUCCUUCCUCCUGUAGUGACGCUUGACCAUUAAGGAAUCAUCUUUACUGGACCUCUAGGGAGAAAUGUUCUUGUAUAACAUUUCAUUUAAAAUUUUCUUCACAGAUUGGCAGCCGUUACGGUUUGAAAACGAGAGCAGAGAUCGCUGCGCUGAAAGCAGAGGAGGAAGACAAGGGAAAGAAAAAAGGAAAGCGAAGUGCUCGGAGUAGGACACCUAAAAGUGGCAAGAAAAGUGCUGGGGAAAAGAAAGGUAUUUGUUUUUAAAAUGCUUGUUGUCCUAAGUGCAGUACAAUGGUUAAAGACUGUUGUUUUAAUCAUGGUUCACUGCAAAUUUCAUUCAAAUAUUUCAAAACAUCAACCAGAAUCAAAGUUGUAUGUCAUUGAAAAUAAAAAGAAUGAAGGCCACGUUGUCGAAUUGCAUUCGGUGUGUCUGGGCCUUUAGAUGCUACCUGGUUUCUGUGUGGUAUACCGUUGCUGUCGUGAUCAAGUCAUUUUCGACCAUGUGAAAAACAUCUAUCUUGAUUUUUUGGUGGUACGAGGGCCCAUAGGCGUACGGGGUGGGGGUGUCCAGGGUAGCUAAUCCCGAACGACAAGUCUAACCCCUUUGGAAAUGUUUAGCGCUUAAAAGUGAAGAGCGCAGACCAAUCUCGUAGAUCUGCCUGUGGUAAAAGGUUGAUAUGUAACUUUAUUUCGCUUUGCUAGGCAGUCCAUCGAAAAACAGAACGACAUCAGCUGCAACGAAAGGAAGCAAGGCACGUCUUGUACAUGAAGUGGAAACACAACCAGAGGUUGACGACCAAGGCGCGAUGGAUGCCGACGUAGAGUACGAUUUCCUAGGGUAUGACGUAGGUGAUGAUCUGAUACACGUGACUGGUGUUCAGUCCUCUAUGUUCCCUUGCGAUGGUGGUGAGAUCCGAGUUGAGAAGACACAGUAUGUUCGAGGUCCGAACUUUGUUUCCACUUCUGUACACAAAGAUGGAAACAUUUUGAAACUGCAUUUUCUUGAACCGCAAGAGGAAAUUUUACCAGAACAGCCAAGCAACAUUAGUGUUGAUUCUAAAGCGGAGAAUACAGAGAGUCGAGAGAAAACCGAGGAGGAUGUCGCCGGCCUAAAUGAACCGAAUGACGAGGGUGUUGAAAAGAGCGAGUUUGAAGCGAAUGAGAAGACAGCGUCAUUUCACGAGGAUGUCGUAGUCGAAAGUGACAAGAUACCAUCUGAACCAGAUCCUCCUGUGUUCUGUACGCAUGCGUCGUUUGUUGCGCAGCUUAACGAUGGCAUGGUGAUCACGUGUAGUGGUUUUGGAGCACAUGGCAAGCCUGGGCAACAAGGAGAGGGUGCGGAUGGAGAAUUUGGUACAGGUAAGAAGAAUCAUUUUCUGCACUUCCCCAUUUUCUGCACUUGCCGUAAGAUUAUCAUUGUGAAUUUUUUGUUCGUGGGUUUCAGUAAGUGUUCAUGGUAGUCAACGUCAGAAAUUUUGA